ACAAGGCCUAUCGCGGCUGCUCACAGCACGCAAACGACAUCCAUCUGCUGUACGACCGCCCUUAAUAGAAUCCUGUCAAACACAACAGCGACUACGAUGACACCGCACAAAACGGGUGCCAUCCCAGCUUCCCCGAAGUACAACAUGACGCGCGCUUGUGUUUAACCUAGGACCAAUCACCGUUGACUAUCACGGCCCCUUGCUUUUGUCUCACCUUAGAUACCAAGGUAUUGCAAACCAGGUCGCCAAAAUGGAUACCACUCCCAAUUCUCGCGACCUGGUCUAAGUGGUCUUGGCCAACAGAUGUUGCACAAAGGUACGAUCGGAAUGCCAUACGACAUCCUGCGGCACGCAUUUAGCCAUGACUUGACGUGUUAUUUGUGUAAGGGCAUCUGCGCCCUAUCAGGCCUCCAUGAACCAUAUUCACUCCUGUGCCUUGCACCUGCAACAUUACCCUUGCACUUGCAACAAGUCACAUACAAAGGUCGAUCACUGACAACAACGCUGACACUUACACCUCCACAGAUCACUGGCCAUAGCAUGCGAACUCAUCAAGCCAUAGCAUCAUUACUUCGUUCCGAGUCUGUGCAAGUAAUAUAUUGCUGUAUACGAACACCCCGCAAGCCGGGCGACACAAGCAUGGUACACGAUUACACCCACGAUGCUGGCAGGACAGUGCCACAUUCCCGGACACUUGGCUGGACCGGGCCUUGCACAAUUCGCGUGGCUGACGUCCACCAAUCCUGCAACGACAAAGCCGGUGGCUGCUGUUGCGGGUGUGCGCAGCGGGCUUGUUCAGCUACGAUACGUUUCAAGAUACCUUUCCAUGUCACUACGCGAGGCGAAAAGGCCUGAGUCUUUUCUGUCUUUAUUGUAUCGCAAGUCAGCUUGCAUAACGUAACGCAGGGGC